UGUGCCUUUUUUUUUUUUUUUUUUUUUAGUUCUUUUUUGCUUUUUAAAUAAGUAAUAUAUAUAUAUAUAUAUAUAUAUAUAUAUAUAUAUAUAUAAGAUUGAGAUAUUCUCUGUCUUGCUUCUUCUUUACCCUUUUCUUGUUUCCAAUCAAAUCCUCUAAAGUUUCGUUCUUUGUUCUAAGUUUUCUGAAGGAGUGAUAUUUGUUUGUGGUGUGGUUAGAGAAAUGAAUCGGAGACAGCAAGUGAAACGUAGAGUAGGUAAAUAUGAAGUUGGAAGAACAAUUGGAGAAGGAACGUUUGCUAAAGUUAAGUUUGCUAGAAACUCUGAAACUGGAGAACCUGUUGCUCUCAAGAUUCUUGAUAAAGAGAAAGUUCUCAAGCAUAAAAUGGCUGAACAGAUUAGAAGAGAGAUAGCUACUAUGAAGUUGAUAAAACAUCCAAAUGUUGUUCAAUUAUAUGAGGUGAUGGCAAGUAAGACGAAAAUAUUUAUCAUCUUGGAGUAUGUUACAGGAGGAGAACUCUUUGAUAAGAUUGUAAAUGAUGGGCGGAUGAAAGAAGAUGAGGCGCGGAGAUAUUUCCAACAGCUUAUACAUGCUGUGGACUACUGUCAUAGCAGAGGGGUCUACCAUAGAGACCUCAAGCCUGAAAAUUUACUAUUGGACUCCUAUGGAAACCUCAAGAUCUCAGAUUUUGGAUUAAGUGCUUUGUCCCAACAAGUCAGGGAUGAUGGACUCUUGCAUACAUCGUGUGGAACACCAAACUACGUUGCUCCUGAGGUUCUCAAUGAUAGAGGCUAUGAUGGAGCAACAGCUGACAUGUGGUCAUGCGGUGUUGUACUCUAUGUCCUGCUUGCAGGUUACUUACCUUUUGAUGAUUCUAAUCUAAUGAAUCUUUAUAAAAAAAUAUCAUCUGGUGAAUUCAACUGUCCUCCGUGGCUCUCACUCGGUGCCAUGAAACUCAUCACUAGAAUCUUAGAUCCGAAUCCGAUGACUCGUGUAACACCGCAAGAGGUUUUCGAAGAUGAAUGGUUCAAGAAAGAUUACAAGCCACCUGUUUUCGAGGAGAGGGAUGAUUCAAACAUGGACGAUAUUGAUGCUGUUUUCAAGGACUCUGAGGAACAUCUUGUUACUGAGAAGAGAGAAGAACAGCCAGCGGCGAUCAAUGCCUUCGAGAUCAUUUCAAUGUCAAGGGGACUUAACCUAGAGAAUCUGUUUGAUCCAGAACAGGAAUUUAAGAGGGAAACAAGGAUAACAUUGAGAGGAGGCGCGAAUGAGAUCAUCGAGAAGAUAGAAGAAGCUGCAAAGCCUCUCGGUUUCGAUGUUCAAAAGAAGAACUACAAGAUGAGGCUUGAGAAUGUGAAGGCUGGAAGAAAGGGGAAUCUCAAUGUAGCGACAGAGAUAUUCCAAGUAGCGCCAAGUCUUCAUAUGGUUCAAGUAUCGAAGUCGAAAGGAGACACUCUCGAAUUUCACAAGUUCUAUAAGAAGCUCUCUAAUUCUCUGGAGCAAGUAGUCUGGACGAAUAACGAAGUUAAGAAAGAAACAGCAAAGUGAUGUAUGAGAGUUUUCUUUUGGGACAAUUCUUGCUUUCUUUGUGUAUAAGAGCUUUUUUGCUUUACCGGCUACUUUGUGUGGAUGAUGAGAAAGGGAGUGGGAUUGGUUUUGUGUAAAAGAAAGGUGUAAAUAUGAACUGCAUUACUCGAUAAGGUGCUGCGAUGCCAGUUAUAAAGUCAUAUCAAAGCUUGUUGGCUAAAAGUUUGAAAAUGCCUCAUUGCUCUAUUUGUUAUUCUGUGCCGGCGAAAUUUGUCUCGUUUCAAAAAAACUAUCUGAUCCGUUUUGUCUUUUCUUUUACAACUUGAAGAUGGAACGUAUCAAAAAUGUCAUGAUCGAAGGACUGCCUAUUUCCACUCAUAAGGAAUUCAGUAACCUUACUAUGACGGUUUCAGAUCAUUAUGAUAGCUUCAUGUCCAUCCUGAAGUUAUAAGUUUUUAGGGCUUUUCAUUUUAUAUUUACUUAUUCUUAUUUAUGUAAGUUAAGAUUUUGUUUUGAGAAGCACCAUGAUUCAAAGAUUUUAGUUUAAAAUCAUGGCAACUAGUUGGUGCUCUUAAGAUGAUCUCAUCUUCCCUCUUCUGCCUUUCAGGAAUUGUCUUGCCCAAUUUGGGACUUUAAUUACCAUUAUUAUAGCUAG